UAUACGAGUAAAAGGAAAUAUAUAAAAGACGUAAAUAUUGAUGUAAAAAAUGUAUAAUAAUCAUAAAAAUAACUAUAGUGGGGAAAUGAAAAAUGGUUAAAUAUGUGUAAUAGUAAGCUUAAAUCGUUUUUUAAACGCAGUUCAGCGUGAAAGACGUCAUAAUUAUGACAGACUACACAACACAGUACACAGUCCAUACUGACGUGAGUUCAACGUGGAGACUAUCGGCCACGUGAUUAUAAUGUGACCCGAUAUGCAGUGCGAUUAGAACCAGUUACGACGCAAUAAUCCUAUUUACUUAUAAAAUACAAGUUGAUAUCCCAUAUUUUUGCUCUAUUGAAUUGCGAAAGAAUUUUUCUCAACUUAGAAUCUUAGAUAGAUUUAAUACAGAAAAACAAAAUGAUAAAAUUGAAAACAUUGCCACUACUUGAUAGAACAAGCACAAUCAUUGUAGAAGAAGAUAUCAAUGUUCCUUAUGGAAAAGUUCUUAUCGCAGGAUGGUUACAAAUGUGGAAAGAAAUAGAACCCAAUAGUAUCAUAGAAUUACUAUCUUUUGCAAAUCCAAAGUCUUGGUACUUAAAUGGACCAAAACCAUAUAUAUUAAACAAUGUAAAUAUAUCUGAUUAUUAUACAGUUGAACUAAAUAAACCUAAAGAAAAUUUUGUUAAUACUUUACAAGAUAUACUUGCCAGAGUAACACAGAAAUCUAUAGUGUUUCUCGAUAAUUUGAAUUCUUUAAUAUUAUAUGCAGGCUUUGCAAAUUCAUUACAGUUUAUAGAAAAACUUAAUAAAAAGGUAGAACGAUUGAUUUGUCUUUUUAGAAAAGAUUGUAUUCCAAAUAAGAUAUUAUGUAUUGAAACUUUGGGAAAUACAUAUGUUAGAUUGCACAAGUACUGUGGUAUGCAUUCAAAUAAUGAAUUUACUUAUAUUGCAAAUUACAUACAUCGCAAAUCAGGAGGCACAAUAUUGCUUGGGUCAGAAUUAGUGAGACAAGAUAUUAAAACAUAUGAGAUACAGUCUGAAAAUUUAAAAACACAAUUUAACUCUGGAAAAAAUUCAACAAUUACAAAUGAUGCUACAAAAAUUGUAUCUUCGUUUAGAAUAGAAAUAAAUGAACAUGAAAUGAAACAAAGAGAAAACACUCUAUUACCUUAUAUACCUGCAACAAACAUGGUAAAUAACGAGUGUAAAAUUUUAUAUGUACCGGAUGAAGUAGAUGAUUUGGACGAGGAAGAUCCAGAUGAUGAUUUAUGCAUAUAAUUUGAUGUAUAUUAUGUUCGGGUAUAUAUAUAUAUAUACAUCUAUCCAAACAUAUGUUAACCAUCGUAUAUUUAUUACACUCUUUUGUACACUCAUUUAUUAAAUAUAAGCAUUGUCCUAUUAUUAAAUAUGUUAAGCUCAAUAUAAAAAAUCAGAUUGUAUACACAAAAAAAUAAUUUAUAAAUAGGAUUAAAUUAUGUAUUAAUUACAUAUAAAAAGUCAAUUUUUCUUUGGAAUUUACCUUGAAGAUAUAUGCACAUUCAUAUUUACUUAAUUUAAAUAAUA